AUCCUGCUAGCUGUAUUUGACUAGAUUGCUGCUUGCUUCCAUUUAUAUCCCAGAAGACCUGGAAUCUAUUGUGCUGCAUUUACCUCUGCUGCAUGCUUACUAUUCAAACCAAUUUGUUAUAAUUAAUAUAUUGCUAGCUGGAGAGUUUGAAAUUCUAACAAUAUUUUUCUGUACAGGAGGUAAUGUGGAUAUGAAAGUGAAAUCCAGUGCAGAGAACAACUUUGUAACAACUGUUGCUGAAAUACCCAAAAAAGGUGAUUUUCAGCCUACUAUACCUAGCAAGGAACCUGGGAAACAUGUGUAUAAGAGAAGUAAAGUUCAUCAGCAGAGUGGUGUGCAAGUCAAAACUCUUGACAGUGAAUGACACUAUCAAGGCAAGAUGAUUCCGAAACUCCUCCAUUUAAUCAAGAGAAUGCAAUGGAGUCCGCUCCACUUCAGAAAAAGGAUGGUCCGGGUGGUGGAGUUGGAACCCCUGCCAUUGUAGGCAUUGAUGCUAUGGAGAACGAACAGAGUUUGCCAUUUGUUAAGAAUCCUCUACUUUGGGAAGAUAUCCAUUCUAUGGAAACCUAUAAGAAAAUGACACAGAAGCCACACUUCGCUCCACUGUACGAACAUAUAGAAGAAGAACGUGAAGGCUUGGCAGUAGUGUUGGAAACGUGA